AUGAAGUUGGUCGUGCUCUGCGUUCUGUGUGGAAUCGCUCUUGCUGCCCCAAGACAGAAACGCCUUACUGUGGGCACGAUCGCUGUCACCGGAGGAGUCGGUGGAUCCACGGGGUGUGUAGUGACUGCUGUGAAACAAGCCCUCAAGGAACGCCAGGAAAGCUUGAAAUCGCGCAUGGCUGGUAAGAAGGAGAAGGCUGUGACUCCCAAGGAGGAAGAUCUACCCAAAGCUCCACAGAAGCCCUCAUUCUGCACUGAGGAAGACACCACCCAGUUCUACUUUUGA